AUGCAGAAUCUCUUCAAGGAAGUGGCACACUUGAAGAUAGAUAUAGUCGGUGUAAGUGAACAUAGAUGGCCAGAUAGUGCAUGUGUCAGUCAAGAAGAUAAAAGAAUGUUCUAUUCAGGACCUGUUACAAGGGGAAAAAAUGGAGUGGCAAACAUAGUUUGGAAAAAGUUCAUGAACUGUGAAACUAGCACAGCUGCAGUAUCUGACCGAGUAAUUGCCAUCCACAUUAGAAACCUGAAGCAGAAUGUGAAUGUAGUUCAGGUAUACGCCCCAACAGCAGACAAGAGCGAUGAAGAAAUAGAGAGCUUCUACAAUGAUCUCCAUUCAAUAACACGCACCUUGAAGAAGGAAGACAUGAACUUGAUAAUAGGAGAUUUCAAUGCAGAAGUUGGAAAUGCGAGAAUUGAUGGAGUUGCACGAGGAUUUGGUCUUGGUGGAACAAAUGAAAGAGGUAUGGCCCUUAUCAAUUUCUGUAGGGCUGAAGAAUUCACAAUUAAAAACACUUUUUACUAG